AUGGACACCAUGGUGCAAAAGUCACUGGAUGCCGUCGAGCGAAAGAAAAAACGCCAUUUCCCCGAGUUUCUCAACAUGUCAGAAACGCAGCGGCGUGAUCGGAUUCAUGAAAUGCACUUGGAUUAUGAUCGCGCCAUCAAAACGGCCAACGAGAAAGUACAACAGAGCGGCGACUUGGUGAAAAAGAUGGAUCGUGCUAUCAAGUACCUAGACCGACAGCUUGCCGAGUACCAGCGAUAUCUCGAACAGACCCCUGGUCUCAUUCGUAAACUCCAACAACGCUCGAUGAAUCUGGAUGUGGCCUAUGAAGAGGAACAAGAUGACUACGACGAGCAGUAUACCCAGUUUGCCACCCCAACCGCCAAAAACAAUAAGCGGUAG